UUUCCUACACAUGUAAGUACACGCCACGCCACUGUUUUCUGCCAACACCCCUAAUUUAAAGAUUGGACUCGUCCGAGACGAGUUUUCGUCUCUGCGCACUCCUACCACCGUGGACGAUCUGUCAUUUCGCGGACUCUACCAAUAUUAGUAACAAAAAGGGUUGUUGCCAACCUGACGGCGAAGUCACAUAAUCCCAGACAAAUCACCUAAAAAAUUAUGGAAUAUUCAGAUUCGGAAUGUAACGGGGAAACUUUAGAUAAGAUAUUGAUGUACAAAUGGGCUGACAUAACCUCAGAAUUUAAGGAUGCAGUUAUAGACUUAGGCAUGGGCGAGUUAUUGCACGACAAUUUGUUUGGGCUUUUUGAGGCCAUGUCAGCGAUUGAGAUGAUGGACCCCAAAAUGGACGCUGGGAUGGUUUGUAACAGGGGGGCGCGCAAAGCCAAGACACUCAGCCAGACAAUUGAGGAGGGUAUAUUGCAAUUGGAUGAUUUCUCGUACGAAAAAAUGAUCGGGAUUAUUGACACUACACUGGCUUGUAUCGUUUCGUGGUUAGAAGGUCAUUCGUUGGCUCAAACCGUUUUCACUAAUCUUUAUUUACAUAAGCCUUACAGCAUAGAAGACAGGACUAUGAAAGCUUUCUGCCUCAUGGUGUACAAACUAUUGGAAAUAAUUAAGCAUUUUGUGCACAAAGCCAUGGUUUACGAAGAAGAGGACUUCCAACCGAUGCAAUACGGCUACCACCUCAAUCCUGACAUCUCCGAACAGAGAAUUAUCGGAAUGUUACGCGAAGUUGAAGAGGAAUUACAUCGGAAAAUUCGGUCGAAACAAUCAUCUAGUGAAAUUCAAGCUGUUCACGCACGCAUUAAAUUCAUGCGAGUGUUUUACCAAGCUUUGACGCUGAUGAGGCGCGAGGACCAGCCCCCUGCCAUCACCGACUGCCAAAGACUGCUGCUCACAGCGUCUGACCAAUUAAUUAUCAUGAAAGAAACGGUCGAUUUGGGGCUCCAAUCAGGUGAUAACGAGUUAAUUCCGGGCUUUGAACCCUUAAUAAACCAGCGAUUGUUACCCCCAACGUUUCCUCGCUACACCAAAAUUAAGCCGAGGGGCGAAGCCCUCAACUAUUUCUCAGACAUGGUCGACAGGUUUAAAACCAUAACAAAAAUCCAGUCAAUAACGUCGCUACACCAAGUUAUAGAUUUCUUCAUUGAUUUUAGUAAAACUAGUCCGUGUUUGCUGUCUCGGUCAGCUCUUCAGUUACUAUAUCAAGGGACAAACCCGUGCGCCUUGCGUGACAUUUUAAAGGAAGCAGUGAAGACGUUCAUAUGCCCACCUGCGUUGGUCUCAAAAUCGAUUCUUUCGAACCAACAAGCCAAAAAAUACGUGGAGACGUUUUUGGCUCAUUGUACGCGACCUUUCGCUAGUUUUUUACAACUUUGUGGCCACAACAGGGCCAGACAAAGAGACAAGUUGGCUCAUUUACUUGAAGAGUUUACUAAUCUACAAGAUGAGGCUGAACGAGUCGACGCUUAUUUACAUAAUAUAUCGGUCAAUUCGACCUCACGGCCACAUUUGGCAUGUUUCGGUACUUGGAUUUUGUACCACACGCUCAAAAUUAUGAUUAUGUACUUACUGGCAGGGUUCGAGUUGGAACUCUACAGCAGGCACGAAUAUUACUACAUUUAUUGGUACUUGUACGAGUUUUUAUACGGGUGGCUGGUGUCGGCCCUUUCACGGGCUGAUAGUUUUCUAGUCGAAAACGAGCUCAUAAACGAGUUACAAAAGUCGAAAAACACGUCGAAAAAGAAACCGAAACACAAGAGAAAACCAAGGCCCUACAAUCGGGACAUUGUUUAUUACCAGGCGUUACAGAACAUGUGCGGCGGUUACUACAAAGCUUUGAUGGGCUUCCGAUUGGACGGGAAACUGACGAUGCCCCACCCCCAGUUCGAUAACGAACAAGUGCGGUAUGAGCACCGUUUCGCCCCCUUUCAGAACCUCCUCACGCCGCCCCCAGUCCAGUACUCGGAAUUUCGGGAGAUGACGUCCGUUGAGAGGUUGCAACAACCAGUUGAUAGUAUUUAUUUUUACGUAACGGGGUGCAAACACUUCCACCAAGCGCGCCAAUUGCUGGAGAACAUCCAAGCUGAUAGCGAAAUAAUCGACCUGAUUAAAAUAUCCAAAACUAAUUUUAUUGUGUUGAAGUUGCUAGCCGGGGGGCACAAGAAAGACUCGGUGACGCCCCCAGAGUUCGAUUUCUCGGUCAAUCGCUACUUUCCGAUAAUCAAACUGACUUAAUUUUUUUUGCUGUGAUGAAGGGGCUUUUUUUGCAACUUGGGCGGAAAUUUCGGCUUCAAUUGUUUCUUCUUUAUUUGACGCGGGGUUAAAUUUGGUUCGUUGGGCGGCAUAGUGUUUGGGGUUAGUCUCGUGGUUCUGAAUAUAUUCGAGUCGAUUUUAUUUAUUAGGAUGUCGGAAAAUUCAUCAUCGUGUUUUUUUAUCUCGUCGAUUUUUUUAUGUAGGGGCAGAAUUGCCGGCGCCAGCAAUCGAAAGACCAUCUGCAAAUAAAUUUUUAUCAAGA